AUUAUCCUCUCGACUUCAUCUCUCCCUUUGAGCCCUUCUGUCUAGACUGUUCUUUUUCCCACCCGAGAAUGAGCCGGAAGCUCGCCCCCGAAGCCAAUCGGAUUCUCUUUGUCAAGAACCUCAACUACAACGUGACCGCAGAACAGCUCUUUGAUCUUUUCGGCAAGUUUGGUCCCAUCAGACAAAUACGACAGGGAAUCGCAAACAACUCCAAGGGCACUGCAUUUGUGGUCUACGAGGACGUACACGACGCCAAACAGGCAUGCGAUAAGCUCAAUGGGUUCAACUUUCAGAACAGAUAUCUCGUCGUACUAUAUCACCAGCCAGAGAAAAUGCUUAAAUCGAAAGAGGAUUUGGCGGAAAGGCAGGAAAAUCUGGAGCGUCUCAAACAACAACACGGUAUAGAAUGACGUUACGGAUUUUCUUUUGUCGGUUUCUUUGCGUACCCUUUGCAGGCACAUCGCCGCACGUUAUCAUGGGCUGGUUGUGGGGUUUCUGGCGUUUUCACUCCGAUGGGUUUCAUGGCUCUUCUCCGUCUGGAUGGUGGCCGGCCGGUGGACGGAUCGCUCGCGCGGGUCACCGAUCCCCCGGGGAACGGAUACAGAAUGGGUUUUGUUUCAUCCUGGGAUCAGGUCCAAUUAUACCAGUUGAAUCUCUACUAUCAAUAUAAUCCUUCCAAUGGUCGACCACGGUCGGCGAUCUGAC